AAGUAUUUGGUCCUCUCUGAUUCACCCACCCAACACUCUCUGACACAAACCUCGAUUCCCAAGAAGACCAAAUUCCGCAUUCCCCGACAAAAAGGCAAAUUAUGGAUACCCGGAAAUUGUCAGCUUUAGUCUCUUCCCUUGUCUCUCAACUCCUCUUAUUGCUUCCCAUUUUCUUCAAUUCUACCAAUUCCAAUGAUUUCGUUUCCGAUAGGAACCUCUUUUCCGUUCUCAACUAUUUGCUGUCGUCGCAAGAAAUUGCCGCUACUCUCUCCUUCGUUUCUGUUUCCAGGAAACGGAAGAGAACCCAAUGUUCAGAAUCUGAUUCUGAGCCCAUUGUUGAAGAGAGGGACCAGGAACUCGGACAUCGACUCGGAGAUGACCGAGUCAGACUCGGCUUGACUCGGGAUCCUGACUUGUUCAAAGCCUGCUUUAGAAUGAAAUCUUCCACCUUUGAGUGGCUCGCUGGAUUGCUGGAGCCGCUGCUAGAGUGCCGUGACCCGGUUGGUUCACCGUUGAAUCUAUCGGCUGAGUUGCGGCUCGGUAUUGGUUUAUUCAGGUUAGCCACCGGCUCAAGUUACCCUGAAAUCGCUCAAAGAUUUGGGGUUUCCGAGUCAGUAACUCGUUUCUGUACUAAACAUUUGUGCCGCGUCCUUUGCACCAAUUUUCGAUUUUGGGUUGCGUUUCCUAGUCCAGAGGAGCUAAAGUCAGUGUCUUUAUCUUUUGAACAAUUUACGGGGUUACCAAAUUGUUGCGGUGUUAUUGAUUGCACUAGAUUCAAUAUUGUAAAUGAAAACAAUGGAAGCAUCGACAGCGUUGCUGCUCAGAUAGUGGUGGAUUCAUCAUCAAAAAUCUUGAGCAUUGUCGCUGGUUUUAAAGGAGAUAAGGGUGAUUCUAGAGUCCUUAAAUCUUCAACUCUGUAUAAAGAUGUUGAGGAAGGGAGGUUACUUAAUUCAAGUCCAGUGCUUGUUAAUGGAGUGGCGAUAAAUCAAUAUUUGGUUGGUGACGGAGCGUACCCUUUGCUUCCUUGGUUAAUGGUACCUUUUGUUGAUGUGGUUCCCGGGUCGAGUGAAGGGAAGUUCAAUGUGGCACAUCGUGCAAUGCAUGUUUCAGCAUUGAAAACUAUUGCUAGUUUGAAGAAUUGGGGAAUUUUGAAAAAACCAAUGGAGGAAGAGCUCAAGGCUGCGGUUGCUAUAAUUGGGGCUUGUUCAAUUCUGCAUAAUAUUUUGCUUAUGAGGGAGGAUGAUUCUGCAUUGUGUGAAUUGGUGGGAGAUUACUUGGUGCAUGAUCAGAGCUCUCAGUGCUAUGGGGAAGCUAGCUUGGAGGAGAAUUCAAUUGGGAAAGAGGCUUCUGUUAUUCGAGAUGCAUUGGCCACAGAAGCUAGAGAAGCUCAUGUUUCAAGUUUAGGACGGCAACCCAGAGAUUCGGUAUAAUUGCAGUUCAAUUAGAUUGCUAGAUGCAGAGUUUAAAUAUUGCCGAAUUUCGACCAUUCAUGAUUCAACAAUUUUGAAAUAGGUAAUUGACGAUUCUUUUGCUCAUCUGAAAUAAAAAAAAUGACAUCUGGACUAGAGAUUUUUUCUUCCCGGCAUUACUCCUGUCACUAAGGACUCUUUCCCUUUGUCUCUUAUUUAUUUUGGUCUACCGAUUGAUUUUUGAAGAUGGAAUCUAUUUCAGCUCCUCCAUACAUAUCAUAGGACAAUGUAAGGAAUUCUUUUGUCUGAUUGUUGUAGGUUGGAUGGUAGCUAUUUUAAUACAAUAGAAAGCGUGUUCUUUCUUUUCUAGUGCAACAAAGUCUUUUACUCUCAACUGAGAAGUAAAAUGGCAGAUUAUGAAUGA